CUCAGCGCCUGCUGAAUGCGAAACUGGCUGGGAGCGGCCCCGCGCAGCAGGGCACACUCCAGCGCCUCCCCGGCCAGAGGCUCCUUCCAGAUAAGAGCCUCAUGGAACAUACGACCAUUGCUGAAUGCCUGGUACUUGAAAGUCUCCUGGCAGCAUGGCCGGUCCUCUGACUGGGCCUGGGAUGGCGCCUGGAAUCAGAGCCCUGAAUGGUACAGACUUCCCUUAAUGCUAAAUGUGCUGUUCUUCAUUCCAAGAUGCGGUUGCACUUCUGAUGAAUGCAAACUGACAGCUGUCAAGCGUGUGUGGAGGGAAAAUAUUUGGUCCUUGAAGCCUAGAAGACUUCUUUUAACAAAGGGAGAUCCCUGAUUGUUGUUUGAAAUGCUGAGGAAGCUGCUGUGCAGAAGACUUUUUUCUUAUCCCAUUAAUUACUGCUUUGUGUUCCUUGUUUUUUCCCUGGUCACCUUCUCUGUUGUAAGGAUCCAUCAAAAGCCCGAAUUUGUAGACAGCAGACCCUUGGAGCUUGUUGGAGAGAAUCCUAGUAAUAUUAAUUGCACCAAAGUUGUCCAGGGUGACAUAGACGAAAUCCAAAAGGCAAAGCUUGAGACACUAACAGCAAAAUUCAGAACGCGCACUCGGUGGACACCUCAUGACUAUAUAAACAUGACCAGUGACUGUGCUUCUUUCAUCAAGAGCCGCAAAUACAUUACGGAACCCCUUAGUAAAGAAGAGGCGGGGUUUCCAAUAGCCUAUUCUAUAGUGGUUCAUCACAAAAUCGAAAUGCUGGACAGGCUUCUUAGGGCCAUCUAUAUGCCUCAGAAUUUCUAUUGCAUCCAUGUGGACAAAAAGUCAGAGCAGCCCUUUCUAGCUGCGGUGAUGGGCAUUGCAUCCUGUUUCAAUAAUGUCUUUGUGGCCAGUCAAUUGGAGAGUGUGGUUUAUGCAUCAUGGAGCCGGGUUCAGGCUGACCUCAACUGCAUGAAGGACCUUUACAGAAUGCGUGCAGACUGGAAGUACUUGAUAAAUCUUUGUGGUAUGGAUUUUCCCAUUAAAACCAACCUAGAAAUUGUCAGGAAGCUCAAGUCAUUCAUGGGCGAAAACAACCUUGAAACCGAGAAGAUGCCGCUCCAUAAAGAAGAAAGGUGGAAAAAGCGGUAUACAGUGGUUGAUGGAAAGCUGACCAACACGGGGACUGUCAAAACGCAUCCUCCACUUGAAACGCCUCUUUUCUCAGGCAGUGCCUAUUUUGUGGUCAGUAGGGAGUAUGUGAGGUAUGUGCUAGAAAAUGAAAAAAUCCAAAAGUUUAUGGAGUGGGCGCAGGACACGUACAGCCCUGAUGAGUAUCUCUGGGCCACUAUCCAAAGGAUCCCUGAAGUCCCUGGCUCUCUCUCCUUGAGCCAUAAGUACGACUUGUCGGACAUGCUCUCGGUGGCUAGGUUUGUCAAGUGGCAGUACUAUGAGGGUGAUAUUUCUAAGGGCGCUCCCUACCCACCCUGCACCGGGGCCCACGUACGCGCCGUGUGCGUCUUCGGAGCUGGAGACUUGAACUGGAUGCUGCACACGCACCACUUGUUUGCCAAUAAGUUUGACAUGGACAUCGACCACUUUGCCAUUCAGUGUCUGGACGAGCACCUGAGGCAUAAAGCUUUGGAAACAUUAAACCGCCAGCCACUGUAGGCAAUUUUAGGAUUAAUUAGACAGAGGCAUUUGGUUCUUCUUUUUGUCGGUAAGCAUCAGGAAAAUUGUCUGAGGUCCUUUUGGGGGCAGGAACUCUUAUGUCUUUACAUUUGAGAAGCUGCAGAGCACAGUUGGUUGGAAAACUGAUAGCAGUAAAUACUGCCCUAGAGUCAACCUCAGGGAGAAAUAAAGUAGCUGUGAGGCCAGGGUGAGCAGCAAGGCAUUCUGGAGAAGGGGUGCUGGAGAAGAGGCCAGUGCAAAAACUCAACCUGUUAAAAGACUUCAGGGACUUAACAAAAAUGAGAAAAUUUGAGCUGUGCCAAAACUAUUUUGAGAAUUUUAUUUUAUUUUAUUUUACUGUUUGAGACAGAGUCUUACUUUGCUACUCUAGGUAGGGGGCUGUGAUGUCACAGCUCACAGCAACCUCCAAGUCUUGGGCUUAAGCGAUUCUCUUGCCUCAGCUUCCCAAGUAGAUGGGACUAUAGGUGCCCAUCACAAUGUCUGGCUAUUUUUUGGUUGUAGUUGUCAUUGUUGUUUGGCAGGCCCAGGCUGGAUUUGAACCCACCAGCGCCAGUGUAUGUGGCUGGCACUCUAGCCUCUGAGCAACAGGCGCUGAGCCUAUUUUGAGAAUUUUAAAUAUGACCAUUUUGCUGGAUGGAUAAAUUUAUAGCAACAAACAAUUAUAAGGAUAAAAUUUAUCUCAUGUUAUAUUUAUUGAAAUAGAAAUUGAGUCAGUGUAGUGGCUCACAAAGUGCCUGGAAUGCUAGCACUCUGGGAGGCCGAGGUGAGGGGAUCCCUUAAGCUCAGGAGUUCAAGACCAGCUUGACCAACAGUGAGAUCUGUUGCUAUUAAAAAAUAGAAAAAUUAGCCGGGUGUUGUGAUGGGCACCUGUAGUCCCAGCUACUUGGGAGGCUGAGGCAGGAGGAUGAUUGCACUCAGGAGUUUGAGGUUCUGUGAGCUAGGAUGAUGCCACAGCACUCUAACCUGGGACAACAGAGUGAGACUCUUUCAAAAAAGAAAGAAAGAAAGAAAUAGAAGUUGGAUUUGACUCUAAGUGAUCCUUAUAAACAUUCAUUUUCUGCUGUAACCUUGUGCUGUGUACUGUCUCUAUGUCAUCUCAGGGAGCUUAAACUGGGUUUGAUUUAACAUUAAAAUUUUUGUGUUAUUUUUGCUUGUUUUCAAAAAACGACAAUUUCUGUGAAUCAUCAGGUUAUUAAAAUUAUUUUUAUAAACUAUUAAAUUGCUCACGAGGAUAUCUUUUAAAACUAAUUUCUACGAAGAGUAACACUCAGUGUUUUCAAAGAUGUGUCUUUGUAUUCUUACCUCCAGUUUCCCCAGACCCUGCUCUUAAACAGGAUAGUAAUUUACUUUCACAGAACCCUAUAUUACUGUCUCACCUCUCCAGUGACCUGAUUGCUAUUCAUCAGUACAGAGAACUAAGAAGAAAGAGUGAAGUGGGUUUGGGUUGGGAAGAAUGGUAGGGGAAGGGAAUCUAUUUUCAUAAUUUCUGAGAUGACUCUGAAAACUCAGUAAGUUUCACUGACCUCAGAAAGGAGGGCUGCUGCUCAUUGGAUCCCCUUAUGUCCUGAUGUUGCAUCCUAAUGUCACCUGUGCUUUUGUUUGAAAGGACCUGGUCUCUGUCCUUGGGUCUUCUGUGUUACCUGCCCAUUGAUUGUAAGUUUCCUCUUUUUUUCAAAAGUUUCUGUGAGGAGGAAAGAAGUGUGCUCUUGCCCCACAUGGAAUUUUGGCAGGCCCGGGGAAGGAGCUUUAGGUGUGUAUCAGAUUGUUUCAGUAUUGGUAUUUUUCACCGCAUAUGGUUUUACUUUCUAUUUUCACCAAAAGAUAGAUGAUUUAGGGUUGCUAUAGCGCUGUCACAUAUGACCAAAGUAAAUGAAAAUUUGAAAAAAAUUUUCUUGUUAUUUUGCUAAGCUGAUACUGUUCAGCCAAAGAUCUACCAGGAAUUGUGAAACUUUGUCAUUUAGUGUUAGAUUUUAAACAAGAACCCGAAGUGUGUGCUCUGUUUUUAAAACAUAGCUACUUAGGCUGGGCGCAGUGGCUCAUGCCUGUAAUCCUAGCUCUCUGGGAGGCCCAGGAGGGUGGAUUGCCUGAGCUCACAGGUUCAAAACCAGCCUGAGUCAGAGCGAGACCUUACCUCUAAAAAUAGCCGGGUGUUGUGGCAGGCGCCUGUAGUCCCAGCUAUUCGGGAGACUGAGGCAAGAGAAUCACUUGAGCCCAAGAGUUUGAGAUUGCUGUGAGCUGUGACGCCAUAGCACUCUACAUGGGGUGACAAAGUGAGACUCUGUCUUAAAAAUAAUAAUAAUAAUAUAUAGCAACUUAAAUGGUACAUGAGAGAUAGACAAUAUCAGCCAGUUUUAAGGCAUUCCACUGCAGAAGCAUUUUUUUUUUUUUCUUUUUUAGAGAUAGUUUUUCAUUUUGUCGCCCUCGGUAGAGUGCUGUGAUGUCACAGCUCACAGCAUCCUCCAGUAAAACUGAAUCUACCAUCUUCUAUGUAGCUGUGCUAUGUCACCUUUAUGAAUGGCACUUGUUGAAAUCUACUACCUGAUUCCGAAUGCCUGUCAUAAGGUUUAUGGAGGAUUUGUUCAUUGGAACUCAAAAGGAUCUUGUUUUUGAACUUUUUAUCAUAACUUACUUGAAAUUUAUUUAUUUAUUUGAGACAGAGUCUCACUUUGUCACCCUCUGUAGAGUGCUGUAGCAUCACAGCUCACAGUAAUCUCAAACUCUUGGGCUUAAGCAGAUUCUCUUGCCUUAGCCUCCCAAGUAGCUAGGACUACAGGUGCCCACCACAACACCCAGCUAUUUUUUGGUUGUAGUCAUUGUUGCUCAGCACGCUCAGGCUGGGUUCAAACCUGCCACCCUAGGUGUAUGUGGCCCGUGCCCUGCCAUGGGCACCGCCAACUUACUUGAAAUUCAUACUAUUGUGAUGAGAAAUUUAAAGAAUAAAUAAGAUUAGAAAGGAAGCUAAUGAUACUUUUAUAAGGAGCAAAACCCAAGUUCUCCAGGAGAAAUAUACAAAAUUAUUUUAAUUACCUCAUAUAUGUUAUUAAACACUAAUGACUUUGUACUAUCAUUGAAGGUCUUUGAUAGGGAAUUUUUAGAAAUCUCAUUCACAAAUGAGAACUUCUUAAACAUAAGUAUGUUAAAUAAGAAAGAGUAUGACAAAAAUCAUUCUCUAUUUUAUAGGCAAUUGCCUAGGCUCUUCCCAAAUCACAGUAAAUGGCUACUCAGCCCUGAAAAUGUAAAGCAUUUUCAUUUCUAAACAUGUAUUUAUCUCAUUCAUCAAGUACAAUUCACUUAGCAGAACUGAGUGCGAAGAAGCCAUAUUUUAGAUUCUGUAGGGUCGAUUGAACUGGACUUUUUCAGUUAUUUACAAAAAUAAAAAUCAUUGGGUGGCACCUGUGGCUCAGUGGGUAGGGCGCUGGCCCCAUAUACUGAGGGUGGUGAGUUUGAAGUCAGCCCUGGCCAAACUGCAACAAAAAAUAGCUGGGCAUUGUGGCAGGUGCCUGUAGUCCCAGCUACUCGGGAGGCUGAGGGAAGAGAAUCGCCUAAGCCCAGGAGUUGGAGGUUGCUGUGAGCUGUGAUUUUACAGCACUCUACAGAGGGCGAUAAAGUGAGACUCUGCCUCUAAAAAAAAAUCAUUUCUCAUGUUAAAUACAGAUGCUUGUGAACUCACAGUGACUUACAGUGUCGUUUUGUCACCAAAAUGGACUUCAUACACGUACUCUACCAAACAUCAGAACUUAUCAUAGCCUGUAAUGUGCUCAAAACACCUUCAUUUGGGCAAAAUCAUCUAUGUGUAUAUGUCACAUAAAUCCUAUUUUAUAAUGAGGUGUUGAGUGAUUUAUUGAAUCUGACCUAAAAGUGAAAAACAGAAUGGUUGUAUAAAAACUUGAAGUGGUUCCUACUAAAUGAGUAUUGCUUUCACGUCAUUGUACAGUCAACAAAUCUCCUCAAGCCAUUGUAAGUCAGAGACUGUAUAAGAUAAAUGCAACACUAUUUCAGGGUUAAUGUAGUCACCUCAAGUUUUACUCUUUUCAAUAUAAGCAUGACCAAAUGCAAUUAGAACCAGCCAUAUCAGCCAUUAGGCAGUGAAUGCCUUGUCUAUGCAAACUUACUUCCUUUUCAUUAGCCACCAGCACUGAAAUGUUAAAUUUAGUAGUUGAUGUCAUACUUAGUAAUGAAUGAGUUGUAUGUCAAUAAUUACACAAAGGUUAUUUCUCAAGGCAGAAGACAUGCUGGAGAGGAGUGUGUAGCAAAACCAGAAAAUUUAACACAGAUCAUGCAAGAAGAUUUCCACAAGGGACUUUGAAAGGUUGCAGCGGAACAGCCAAUAUUGCAUUCUAGCAUAUUAAACACUUCAUCUUGUGUUUGCUAAGAGAGGAGAGCCAUUUUCCAGUUAGUAGCUCAAUGACUACAAAGACUAAUAGGAUCUAUCACUUGCUGUGGUUUGAAUAUGACAGGCACAGCUAAGGAAAGAGGGACAUCCCUCCCGAAGUAUUGAGAGCCUGCUACGAAUGUCGUCACAGCUGAUCUGUUAUACCCUUCUGGAUACUCUUUAGCCCCAUUUUAGGUGAACCAGAGUCUAGAAAGUGGCAAAAUUGAUGGAUUGUAGGUCUUUCUUUGAAGCCUGAGAAAUUUACAGAUUCUUCAUAAGACUGCUUGUGAAAGACUUCAUUUUUUCAUAUGUGCUUAAAGCUUCUCAUUAGAAUAUUGAUUUAACUUUUUGAUGCAGUAAUACCCAAACUUGAAAUGAAUUGAAGCUAUUAAAGA